CAGUUAUCAGGCUUAAAAUCCCUGAAUCCAACAGUUUGUCAUCUUUGAAACGUAGUAAACACUCAUUUGUACUGGUUGGUUCUCUUCUACCACUGUGAGUUCUGAGGACCGAACUCCGGACAUCCCGCUCAGAGGCAAGUCCUCCAUCCAAUGAUCCAUAUUGUUGAUCCUGCCAUUAUUUUUUUCUCACCUUUUGUGAUCGGGCCAAGAACCAUCCGAGUAUGGCUGAAGAGAGACAGCGGCCAGUACUGGCCCAGCAUCUACCACACAAUGGCCUCUCCUUGCUCUGCUAUGGCUUACCAUCACGACAGCAGGCGGAUAUUUGUGGGCCAGGAUAACGGGGCUGUAAUGGAAUUUCACGUGUCUGAAGAUUUUAAUAAAAUGAAUUUUAUCAAGACCUAUCCAGCCCAUCAGAACCGAGUGUCUGCUAUCAUCUUCAGCCUGGCUGCCGAGUGGGUGAUCAGCACUGGCCACGACAAGUGUGUGAGCUGGAUGUGCACACGCAGCGGGAACAUGCUUGGCCGGCACUUCUUUUCAUCGUGGGCUUCUUGUUUACAGUAUGAUCUGGAUACUCAGCAUGCCUUUGUCGGUGAUUACUCGGGACAGAUCACCCUGCUGAAGCUGGAGCAGAACACCUGUUCGAUUAUCACGACCCUCAAGGGACAUGAAGGUAGUAUCGCCUGCCUUUGGUGGGACCCUAUCCAACGGUUACUCUUCUCAGGAGCAUCCGAUAACAGUGUCAUCAUGUGGGACAUCGGGGGACGGAAAGGCCGGACACUCCUCCUCCAGGGCCACCAUGACAGGGUGCAGUCACUGUGCUACCUGCAGCUUACAAGGCAACUCGUCUCCUGCUCGGUGGACGGUGGCAUCGCAGUGUGGAACAUGGAUGUUAGCAGAGAAGAGGCUCCUCAAUGGUUAGAAAGUGAUUCCUGUCAGAAGUGUGAGCAGCCCUUCUUCUGGAAUAUAAAGCAGAUGUGGGACACGAAGACGUUGGGGUUGAGGCAGCAUCACUGCAGGAAGUGUGGGAAGGCCGUCUGUGGGAAGUGCAGCAGCAAGCGGUCCAGUUACCCCGUCAUGGGCUUUGAGUUCCAGGUUCGAGUUUGUGAUUCCUGUUACGACUCCAUCAAAGACGAGGACCGGACUUCUCUAGCAACUUUUCAUGAAGGAAAACAUAACAUUUCCCAUAUGUCCAUGGACAUUGCGAGGGGACUGAUGGUGACCUGUGGGACAGAUCGUGUUGUAAAGAUAUGGGAUAUGACUCCUGUGGUGGGCUGCAGCCUGGCAACUGGAUUUUCUCCACACUGAUCCCAGAGCUGGAUGAUGUCUGCUACACGUUCCGCACAGCAACCUCCAUGAACCAAAACCCUUCAUGUAGCUCAACAGCCACUGUCAUAUAAAUGGACAGUAGCCACCUAAAAAAAAAAAAAAUCAAUAUUUUUAAAAAGAAAAAAUAUAUAUAAAGGUGUGUUUUGGGGUAUUUGUGGAAAUUAUCUGCAGGAACUAACACCUAAAAGGUCUGUCCACGACAGUCUCUUAAGGAAUGGAAUUUCCUCAGCAAAACUUGCCUCAUGAACAUUGAACCAGUGGGUGAGGAGGGAACAGCCAGCAAUUGAAGGGUUUAGAAGGAAAAUUUUGAACAAAAAAGAUUAGUGCUUAGAACUUCUUAAAUGCAAACCCUUGAGCACACGUGGAGUCUACUGAGACCGUCUUUGAGGCCCCUGAGAGCACUCUGAUAUGCAAUCAGGAAGAGCUGUCUGUCUUUCUUCAGGAGAGGUGACCAGAUGUAGGAAACCUGAACUUGCUAUACUAAUGUUCUCUACACCAAGUGGCUGAUAAACUUCCUCAAAUUACUUGUUCUGUCAGGAUGUGUCCUAAUCUGCUCUUGGGUUUGGCUCACUGCAGUUGUUUCUGUCCUAGCCAGUGUACCAUGGGUGAACCUUUACAGCUGUCACGUAUUUAUAAGUGAAUUAAUAAAAAUUGAAGACAUUUCUGAAAACAUUACUGAUAAAACAUGAAGACAAAUAUAAAUAAAAUUUAUGAAAGUA